AUGCCAGGCCAUCAGCAGGCUCCGCAAGUUUCCGUCGCAAAUGAGGACAGCCAUGGCGAACGGCACGAUAGUGUCGAGACGCAACCACGCACCAAUGGCUUGAAGCCGAAAGCUUGCAACAAUUGCAGACAGCAAAAGCUGAGGUGCGAGUUGACCAAGCUCGACACUCCGUCGUCCAAUGCAUGUUCGCGUUGUCAAAGGCUGGAGCUUGAGUGCAGAGUAGACGAUACGUUCAAGAGGACGAGGAAGCGGAAGGUUUCCACCGAGUUGGAAGAAGAAAUAAACAAGCUCAAGCGCCAAUUGUCUGUCUAUGAAGGCGCAGGUCUCCGGGAUGUGACUGUUCCCGCUGUCAGAGACCCUGCAGCGCGGACCCUUACUGAGGGUGACGGUCCUCCUGCUGCUAGAGAUAGACAGGCUUCCAGAGACCUACCGGACCCUUUGACGAACCGAAUAUUCUCGACCACCGUCCCUGGUGGUAUAUCGCCAGACUCUCCCGAUGGAACGUGCCUGCCAGGAACAACCACGAUCCCCCAAAACAGUUUGCUCGAGAGUGGCUCCACUGGCAAGGGAAAGGUGGCUGCGUCGCGGACUUUACGCGAUAUUGAGCUCCCAGCGGAUGUGAUUAAUGACCUGUUCCGCAUGUAUGUCUCUUUUGCUGCUUCAGGACCAUGGACUAAUACCCGUCACCCUCCAAGAUAUUUCUCGCAAUACCAUGCAUAUCUACCGUUUCUUGACCCUGGGGUUUCUCCCACUCAAUACUACGAUAAUUCGACUCUUCUCUUCUGGUCCAUAAUUUCUGUUGCCUCUCGUCGGUACCUGAUAGACCCCACCCUCUUGACGAGGCUCGCUCGAGCAGUGACAGAUCUUUUGUGGAAGUCUCUGCAGAUAGUUCCACAGUCCUUGGGUGUUGUCCAGAGCUUGGUCCUUUUAUGCACCUGGCCGUUUCCGACGAGCAGCAGCACCACCGACCCGACUUACAUGCUCUCUGGGAUGAUAAUACAGCUUAGCAUCCAGAUGGGCCUCCAUCGUCCCCGGAGCCCGCUUGAUUUCACAAAGUUCCGCGUCAAGCUCAGUCCUCGCGAUAUCGAGGACCGACGAAGGACUUGGAUUGCUGGCAAUGUUGUCACGCAGAGCAUAAGCUUCGGUGUUGGACUCCCAACUCCGGCGCAGCUUUGUGACUGGUCGAUCCUCGCGUCCUCGCUCGACGGCUCGCGGAUAGAUGAAGAUUUGCACGCUCAGCUGAAAUGUGCCUUGACGUGUAAUAGGGUAUCUCAAGCUCUGACCUCGAGUGUUUCCGACUCUGCUGGGCUGUUACCGACUCGGGAGCGGAUUCCUCUAUACACGAUUCUGAAGCAGGAGAUUGUCGACCUAGAGAACAGCAGGGAGUGGACUCGAGCGACUACUGCAUUCUAUCUCCACAUCGUCAAGCUCCACCUUCACGCGUUUUGCCUUCUCGACGAUCCCUCAGCUUCGGGCUAUCUAGAGCGGAUCGUAACGCUCUACUCGGCCGCGACCGCCAUGAUCGAGCACGUUCGCGACCUGGACAGCCAAUCUCGGGAUUUCUUACAAUUCUGCCCUGUAUUUUACUACGAAGUCCUCCUCUGCGCCGCCUUGGUUUUACUAAAGGUCAUAAAGAACGAUUACUUUGCUGCGAUAAUUGAUGUCGAUUCGGGCAAAAAGCUCAUCACUUUUUCAGUUUCAGCACUGAGGAAAAUGUCGGUGGCCAAUAAUGACCUCCCCGGGAGACUGAGCGAUGUACUCGCCUAUCUCUGGACGCACCCGAAUCCGUCUAUCCUGGGCGGAAGCGGGGUGGACAGACUUCAGUUGGAAGUCAGAAGUCGAAUGAGCAUGAGCGUCGUAUACGACUCAUUGUGGAGGUGGCGGGAGCAAUUUCGGACCGAAGUCGAAGGCGCCGAGUCGCAAGAUCUCAACAACGAUGCGACUGCAACUACCGGCGUCAAUGAGGGCUUUGACAGCGCAUUUGACCUGACCGAGCUGAAUGGCAUCUACUGGGAAGAUCUCCAACUGGACUGGUUCUCGUGA